AUGGAUUUGCAUUUGAAAAAACUUGAAGAAUUUAUUUCUGAAAAUAAAAAGUUAUACAAUUUAAAUAUAAAACUUAAAGAACAACUUAAUCAAGCAAAUAAAAAAGUUAUUGAAUUAGAAACAAAUGUUGCAACUCUCGAUAGUACGAUUUAUAGACUAAAGAAAGAGGUUCGUAAUUUAGAACAUGAUUUAAAAAGUAAAGAGAAAGUAAUUCAAAAUAAUAUACUUUUUAUGAAAAGUGAAUAUAAACGUAAGGACAUUCUAAACAAUAAGUUAAUAGGAUCCACUAAAGAUACAAAAAUUAUUGAGUUGAAAAAAGAGGUAAAUUUACUUUUUCAUAGAAAUAAUUUACUUUGUGAAUUUAUAAAAAAUCUUUUUGAUAAAAAGGAUCUGGACUUUUUACUAUUUUAUAAGCUAUUAGAAAUUUCUGAUAAAAAAAAUAUAGAACUAUUUUUAGAAGACUAUAAGGAUGAUUUAACAAAUUGA